AUGACUGACGAGGACGUGAACUGGAAUGUUUUCUGCGAGACAGGAUUAAACAUUUCAACAAAUACAAGCUCUAUUACUAGUUGUGCUCAACAGUUUUACUUCCAUCUUCCUACGUUUUCAUUACUAGCUAUAUUCAGUUCAUAUAAUUAUGGAAAACUUGCAAACUCUCUGUUAAGGAACAAAACUCAACUGUUUUCACUGUAUCUAAGAGCAUUGAUUUCUCUUUCGUUAGCAUUGCUCCCUUUAGUCAAAUUUAUUUAUGAAAUGAAAACGGGAAUAAAAAUUUGGCCAGUUGAUAUCCUCCUUGCAUGCGCUGAAGCUUUAUGCUGGACAGUCCAUUUCGUAUUCAUAAUAGCUUGUCGAAAAUUUGGAAGUGUAAGUCAUCGAGGACCACUAUCAGUACUAAUUUUAUGGUCAUGCUCUAUAACAUUAUCAAUCCUAUGGUACCAAACAAACACGAGUGUAUUCAGUAUAAUAAGAGUUGUAUUAAAUAUUUCCUACGCAUUAACGUUAAUUCCAAAAGGCAAAGCUCAAUAUAUUAUAUCGGAAAGAGAUUACGAAAGAGAACCUUUAAUUAAUGCUUAUCACAGAUUAUUAGUCGAUGGAAAUGAAGAGGAUUUUGUCCUUGGAACAGCUCAAGAUGGAUACAAUAUUUUGAGCAAGAUAAUUUUUCAUUGGGUAUCGCCAUUAAUUAUAAAAGGCACACUGGGAAAGCUGAGAAAAGUUGAAGAUUUGUUUGACUUACCAGAUUGCUUAAACAUCAAAUAUAUAUCAGAAAGUUUUCAAGUCAACAUUAGGACAGGUAUAACUUUAUUUAAAGCACUUCAUCGCUCAUUUGCUUACGAAUUUUAUCUUGUUGGAAUUCUACGUCUUGUAUCUGAUUUAACAAGUUUUGGAGGUCCUUUGCUACUUGGCGGAUUAUUGAGAACUGGAAUGAGUGAAAAUGAUGAAAACAAUUAUGAGUCAUUUUAUUAUGCGGGCGGGUUGUUUUUAUGUACACUUAUUUCAGCAGUUACUAAUGUACAUUUCAACUGGAAAAUUUCCAUAGUAUCAUGCAAAAUGAAAACUGCAAUUAUUUCUUCAAUAUAUGUUAAGACUUUGGAGGCAAAAGGCUUACAUGAAGCUAAACCAGAAAUACUUAAUUUAAUGUCAACUGAUUGCGAUCGUAUAGUCAAUUCAUGCAUAUCAUUUCACUCGUUUUGGAGCAUACCAUUUCAAUUAUUUACCACACUAUAUCUUCUAUAUACGCAACUUAAGUUUGCAUUCAUUCCCGGAGUUAUUUUCGCAAUAAUUUUAAUUCCAAUAAAUCGCUAUAUUGCUGUUAAAAUCGGUGAAUUAUCAGCCAGUUUAAUGGCUGCAAAAGAUAAAAGAGUUCAACUCACAACAGAGGCAUUGACAGGAUCAAAGCAAAUAAAAAUGCAAAGCCUUGAAGACAUUUUCACUGAAAAAAUAGAAGUUUUGAGAAAGCAGGAAGUCGUAUUUUUAUCAAAAAGAAAAUAUCUUGAUGCAUUAUGCGUAUAUUUUUGGGCAACAACUCCAGUGAUCAUGUGUCUGUUGACAUUUGGAGGAUUAGUCAUAUAUGGACAAAAGUUGACAGCUUCUGUUACAUAUACAUCAGUUGCAUUAUUAAAUCUAUUAAUUGGACCACUAAAUGCAUUUCCUUGGGUUUUAAAUGGAUUAAUGGAAGCUUAUGUUUCAUUGAAACGUGUCCAAGAGCUGAUUAAUUUAGAAAAUAUCGACUUGUCAAAAUACUACUCUCCACUUCCAAUGAAUUACUCAAAAAAAACAAAUAAUCCUAUAGUCAUUUCAAUUAAAAAUGGAUCAUUCUGUUUUGAAAAGGAACGUGAUCGAUCAAAUGUGAAUGCAGAAGAUGUUGUAGACUUUAUAUUAGAAAAUAUAAAUUUGGAAAUCAGACAUGGCGAGCUGGUAGUUAUUGACGGAAUAACAGGUUCUGGAAAAUCAGCAUUAUUAAAUGCCAUGAUAGGAAAUCUCAAAAAAUUGGGUGGAAAUGUAUCAAUUAAAGACAAUGAUGUAGGUUUUGGAUAUGUCUCACAAACUGCAUGGCUCCAAAGAGGAACAAUUAAGGAAAAUAUUUGUUGGGGCAAAAUAUAUGAUGAACGGCUUUAUCAAGCAGUGAUAAAUUGUUGUGCAUUAACAGAAGACAUUGAAAAGUUAGGAGGUGACAAUAUAGGAAUUGGAGAAGCAGGAAAAACACUUUCGGGAGGCCAAAGAGCAAGAUUAGCUUUAGCAAGAGCUCUUUAUCAAGAUAAACAAGUUUAUUUUAUGGAUGAUGUACUGUCCGCACUCGAUGCUCAUGUUGCCAAUCAUGUAAUCAAGUAUUGUAUUUUCGGAUAUUUAUUAAAAAAGACUAGAAUAAUUGUGAGCCAAAAUAAGACACUGUUAGAGCAUGCAAAUCAAAUAAUCACAGUAGAUAAAGGCACAGUUACAAGUAUUGACUUGAUGAACGAAGAUGAGGAUGAUUUGAGUGAUGAUGAACAACUAGAUUUUACAACUAGUCGACAAACUCCCACGCAAAUUGAUUCAGACAGAAAAUCGGUUGACAGUUGUAUGCAAGAGGAAUCGAAGGAACAUGGAACUAUUUCGUCUUCAGUGAUAUUUGUUUAUUGGAAAUCUAUGGGGAUAUUUACUGGUGUAUUAACGAUAGUCAGCGUUUUAAUGAUGCAAUUGUCACGAAACACAACUGAUGCAUGGCUGGCUCAUUGGGUGAGCCUUGAAUCAGCCUCGAAUAAUACAACUAUAGAUACUCAAAUUUAUCUAGAAAUUUAUACUUCAUUAGGUAUUGGGAAUUCAAUACUUACACUAAUUAGAUCAUUUUUAUUUGCUUAUGCUGGAAUUAAAGCAGCAAAAAUAAUUCAUGAUAAACUUUUAAAGAAUGUUUUUUACACAACGAUUCAAUUUUUUGAUACCCAGCCAUUGGGCCGCAUCCUUAAUAGAUUCUCGAGUGACAUUUUUACAAUCGACGACUCUUUGCCAUUCAUUUUUAAUAUUCUUUUGGCCCAAAUUUUUGGAUUACUGGGAUCUCUAGCUGUUACAAUUUACGCCAUUCCGUGGUUACUCUUCAUAGUAGCACCACUUGUUCCAAUUUAUAUUGACAUACAAUCCAAAUAUCGUAACUCAUCACGUGAUAUUAAAAGAAUUUCAAGCAAUUCUUUAUCACCAUUAUAUACACAAUUUACUGAGACAAUUCAAGGCUUAAAAACGAUUCGAUCUAUGGGUGGAUCUUGGCGAUUCAAACAAGAUUUUACUCUGAAAUUAGAGGAAAAUAUUAAAGCUCAAGUAAGUUCACAGGCAGCUUCUUGUUGGCUUUCUAUGAGACUACAAUUGCUUGGUGCAUCAAUAGUUGGAGGCUGUGCAAUUUUGACUGUUUUGACUUCAGCUCACACGAGUUCUCCAGGAAUGGUAGGAUUGGCAAUUUCGUAUGCACUCAGUAUUAGCAGUUUGCUGAAUGGAGUUUUAAAUGCAUUUACUGAAACCGAACAGGAAAUGAUAAGUGUUGAGCGAGUUAGUCAAUAUCUUAAAUUACCGUCGGAACCAAAUGCUCAUGGAACUAUGGACCCACCUUUCGGAUGGCCAUGUCAAGGCGUAAUCAAGUUCAAAAAUGUCUUUAUGAGUUAUCGAGAAAAUUUGAUUCCAGCACUUAAUGGAGUAUCAUUUGAAACAGCAUCGUAUGAAAGAAUUGGAAUUUGUGGACGAACUGGUGCCGGGAAAAGCUCUAUAAUUAAUGCAAUACUUAGAGUUUCUAAUUUAACACGAGGGGAAAUUUUAAUUGACAACGUAAACAUAAAAACACUUCCUCUAAGUGUUUUAAGAAGUCGCGUUGCAAUAAUUUCACAAGAGCCGUUUCUAUUUGAAGGAACUGUUCGAGACAACAUCGAUCCUAGAGGUCUUUUCAUGGAUUCUGAGAUUUUUAAUGCGAUAAGCCAUUCUAAGACUGCUCUGCUCAUUCAAAAAUUAGGAGGUCUUUAUGGAAAAAUUGAGAGCUUUGGUUCAAAUUUAUCAUGCGGACAACGCCAACUAUUGUGCUUGACUAGAGCUCUUUUAAGAAGCGCAAAGAUAAUUUUAAUCGAUGAAGCUACAUCGAACUUGGAUAAAGACUCAGAGUUUGGGGUGCAGAUAGUUUUGAAGAAUGCUUUCAAAACAUCAACUGUUUUAAUGAUAGCACAUAGACUGGAUGGCUUGCAAAACACGGAUCGAGUUUUUACUGUCAAUAAUGGAGAAAUUAUUGAGACUGGCGAAUUUAAACAAUUAGUAAAAGAUGAAACUUCUUACUUGUACCAAAUGUUAAGAGAACAGAAAAGUAACUUAAUUUAA